UUUAAAGUAUUUCGUAACUAACAAUUGUCUGACAGACAUAAUGGGAGAGUAAAAAGAACAAUAUCUCCCACAGAAAUGAAGUACAAGGAUAAAGUAAAGUGAGGUAAAAUGUUGUUAUUUAGACACACAAUAAAUAUUCACAUAUGAGUCGACAAUACAAGCACCGAAACAAAAUAUAAAAUGAUAAGAAUUAGCAACAAUUCGACAAGACGCAAAAAAUCAAUAUAACAAAAACAGAAUUAAGUAAACAAAUUGUACUUUGACAUGUUAUAGGCAUUAAGUAGUUGAGUAAAUGACCUGAGUUACUGUCCAACACUGGCAAAAGAUCUGAAUACUAAUCACACCAGCUCUUCAAAGUAAAGCUGCUUACUGUUUUAUGUACUACCAUCAUUUCAACGUUAGGGGGCGACCUCUUUGUGCAUUUGCGCUCUCUCUCACACACACACGCACGCACGCACACAAACACACACACUUUUGCAUGCAGAGCUUGAGAGCUGCCGCAAAGCCCCGUCCUUCAGGGCUGUUUAAACAGUGUUUGCUUCACGCUGCAACAAUGCCAUCCAAUUGAGUCGCCGCAGCAGCGCUUUACUCACUGAACCGACCGUGGGAACAACACCGCACGAGGAGCACAAACCGUCAUGUUUUAAGGGAGAAACACGACGGCUUGAACGAAAUUAAAGAAGAUAGUGUGUUAUUUAACCCCUGUUAUUAGUCUUCCGUGGUAUUGUUGCUCUUCGGUGAAAAACAGCGGGGUAUCUGGGUGAAAUGAAUGUGGACCGGGUAGUCGGUUGUGUUUAAAUGCGGUUUCAGCCUCGGUUCGGCCGCGUUGAUGCAGCAGCGCACGGCUGUGGGGGUUCAAAUCCACCACCGGGAAGACAAUAGGUGAAAUACACGCCGGCCUGGACUCUCUCCCAAGACGACACUAAACGAGAGUCUGCAUCCGCUUCGGCUUCACUAGUGUCCGUGUGAGGAAUCGCUUUAGAGAGAGAAGUGACGGUCCCUGGAUCAGGAUGGCGGCCGUGGUGAACUACUCUCCGCCCUGGUGGGUGAAUCUGCUCCACCGGUUGCCUCACUUCAACAUCGAAUUCCAGGUGGUGAGCAGUGACUUCAGACCGGAGGACUCUGAGUACCAGAAGUCCAUUUUGCUGCUGGGCUCUGUGGCGUUGCUGUGUCUCGGCCUGGACCUCAUCUUUCUCCUCUUCUACUCUUUCUGGCUCUGCUGCCGGAGACGUAAGAGAGACGACUCGUCUCACUCUCACACUCACUCCCAGCAGCCCAGCCCUGACUGCUGCUGCACCGCCUGGUGCGUCAUCAUCGCCACGCUCGUCUGCAGCGCUGGCAUUGCCGUGGGUUUCUACGGAAACGGGGAGUCGAGUGAUGGGGCCAAUCGUUUGGCCUACUCCCUCCGUCACGCCAACCGCACCGUGUCCGGGGUGGAGAAACUGGUGACGGACAGCGCUCUCGCCUUGAACCAGACGGUGGAGGAGAGCUUGGUGCAGCUGGAGACGGCCUAUCAGGAGCAGACGGACUACGUGUCCAUCGUCCAGAAGCUGCAGGGACAGCUGGACGAGCUGGUGCGGCUGAUGGUGGACGUUCCCUUCUGGUCCAACACCAACAUCUCCCUGGAGGACUUGGCCCGCAAGACGGAGGCGUUUGAUUUUUACAGGUGGUUGGGGUAUCUCGGCCUGCUGCUGUUUGAUGUGCUCAUUUGCCUCCUGGUGCUCUUCGGCCUGAUACGCAACUCUAGAGGCACUCUGAUUGGAGUGUGUCUGCUGGGUGUUUUGACUCUGAUAAUCAGCUGGGGGUCUCUCGGCAUGGAACUGGCUGUCGCUGCUUCAGCCAGCGACUUCUGCGUCUCCCCGGAUACCUACAUCACCAGGGUAACCAAGGAAAACGCUGUCAUCGACCAAGAUAUCCUGCAGUAUUACCUGAGGUGCAGCCCUGGCCAAAUCAACCCCUUCCAGCAGAGGCUGUCAGGGAGUCACAAAGCAUUGGUGGAGAUGCAGGAUGAUGUGGCAGAGCUACUGAGAUCAGCAACACGUGAAUAUGCCAAUACCAAGGGGAGUCUGGAGCAGAUCCAGUCGGUGCUGAACUCCACCGAGGUCGGUCUCCACCAGCUGACCGCCCUGGUGGACUGCCGCAGCCUUCACAUGGACUACGUUCAGGCGCUGACCGGGCUGUGUUACGACGGCGUGGAGGGCGUCAUCUACCUCAUUCUCUUCUCCUUCGUCACCGCUCUGAUGUUCUCCUCCAUCGUCUGCAGUGUGCCACAUACCUGGCCUGGCAAGAGGACGGAUGAGGAAGACGGAGAGGACGAGUCGGGCGCCUCACGGGGCGGUGUGCACGAUAACCUGUACCGCGUUCACAUGCCCAGUCUCUACAGCUGUGGCUCCAGCUACGGUAGCGAAGCUAGCCUGCCCGCUACCGCUCACACUGUCAGCAAUGCCCCCGUCACUGAAUACAUGAGCCAGAACGCAAACUUUCAGAACCCUCGGUGUGAGAACACCCCCCUGAUUGGCAGGGAGUCCCCUCCACCCUCUUACACCUCUAGUAUGAGAGCAAAGUACCUGGCCACCAACCGACCCGACCAGAACCGACGCUCCGUCCCCAACGACCAGCUGGACCCGGGCAGCCGGCCUCACCCCACCGCCCGACCCCAGUCCUCGGUCCACUAGAGACCACAACCACCCGGUACUGCCUAACUCCAGUUUCACAGCCAAUAACAAGGUCCAACUCAUCAGAACAACAAGAAAGAGCCCUCGGCGAUAAACCACAAGCUGCUCCUUCCACCACUGCUGUGAUGGAUGAGCCUACAUUACCCACAAUGCACAGCAACUGAAGCGCCUUGGUAGUUUCUUCUUCUACUUUUCAAUCUCUUCUCUCCCCCCUUCUACUGGGAUCCGUUUACUGCCCUCCAGUGGAGACCGCUCCCACCUUAUUGAGACACUUUCACAUUCAGACCACACACACACACACACACACACACACACACACACACACACACACGCACACUCACACUCACACACACACACACACACACACACACACUGUACAGACCUGUAAAUAGUAAACGUGUGCUUUACUCUGAUCUCAUGAGAAGUAGAAUCAUUACUGGUAACGUGGUGUGCUGCGUGUUUAUCAUGGACAUUUUAGCUGUAUCUUUCUCGAACACACACACACACACACACACACAAAUGAACACAUUAAUAGAAUACACAUCUGUAUAAAUAAUAAGCCAGUGAAAUAGAAAGCCACGUUGAUGUAGAACCAGUACCACCACUUUCUCUUUAGCCGAACAUUGUCAUCUAACUAAGACUUGAAUCAUGAGCUCGAAAAGUCUCUCCGGAUGUGUCUACGUGCGAAAGCAGUUCACGUGUCGAGCAAUGCAUUAUGAACUUGAGCCAGGGAACGCUGUUGUGGAGCGAGAGACACACGAAGGCUCAAUCUGUGCCAAAAAACUCUGAAUAACGAGGGAUGCCUUCAUUCUGUCCUGUUCUCCUACUGCCUCCUUGUGUCUCUAAUAAGAGGAAAAAACUCACGUGGAAUGUUUUCCCUCUGACUGUAAAUAAAAAAAAGGACAGGAAAGACACUUGAAAAACAAAGACGAUGGACAGAAAUGGAAUAAAUCUCACUGAAGAAAUAUUGCGACUACACAUUUGCCAGGUGCUAUGUACGCCAGUCGAUGAUCGGGACUGAGGGGCGACGGAAACCUUUUUUAUUACUUGAAUGUUUUCUUUUCAUUCAGGGAUAACAUAAGGAAAAAGAGCAGUCGAAUGAGAACAGCUUUCCAUUAUGACUGGAAAUGGUGUCGUGGAUCCUGAAAAUCAUGUCCCUGAUUAUCAAUGUUACAUCAAAGUGUUACAAAUUGAAGGAAAGUGGGUGUUUUUUUUAUGUUUAAUCAUAAGCUGAAUUCAGGAUGUGAUACUGUGACCAAGUCGUGUUCUGUCUUUUCUUUCUUCCUGUGCUUUUAUUUUGUUAACUGGUGACCUUGGACUGACCUCUUUGCCACUAGUAGUCUUUUAUUGUUUUAAACCCACAAGCACAAAUUCUCUUCAAGGUGACUUUGCGAGCUGGAGAAGUAAAACGCACUGCCAGUGGUUUUCCCUCCCGCUCUAAAACUCUGUAGUGUAUAAAAACUGUAUUUGUGAAGCCGUGUGUGUGACAUCAUUGGCUGUUGCUCUAUCUCAGUGUUGCUGUGUGUAAGUACAGUGGUCAGGGUGUGUGACUCGCAUCUAGCCUGAGUCAUUUCUACACAGACGCAUGCCCUCAUGCACACACAUCGAAACACACAUGCUGUACAGACAUUCAAAACACACUUGGUUUCUUUAAAAAAAAAUCCAUCUUUCCCUACUUUGGUCCUGUUUACAUUCACAUGUAGAGCUGUAGUGACUGCAUACCCUCCCACAGCUGUGACAUCACACUGAUUUGCAUUAUGGGUGAUGUAGUUUGUUCAGAGAAACCUGGUAAAUAACAGUGAACAUUCAAACACUUUUCAACCACCAUUCCUGUACAGCAUUUUAAUAUGUUAUUAAUCAAUGACCACUUCUCGUAUUGGCGAGACAAUCUUACAUGUGUGAUUUUACUAGAAAGAAAAUAUCCAUGUUAUGGUAACAAUGCUACCUAUGGUCUAGUACUUUACAGUGUUUUUUGCACCAUAAAUGCAAACAGUGUUAAGAUCUGUGGACUAGUCACUGAUUAAUGGCCUUUCAUAAUGUUUUUAAACUCUUACAACACUUCAUAUCACAACAUGUUUUUUAUUUUUCUCUUAUCUUGUAAAAAUCCAACUUUAAAGAUAAAAUAUUAGCUAGCUGUUUUGUAGGAGAUUAAAGGCAAGAGCAGCGGUUUUCCUCUCUUAUUAAUGGUGAAUGACUCUGUCUUGCAAUGUUUUAAUAAAACUAUUCCAGUGUAAUCUGCACACCUGACUUUAAGUUGCAUUUGAAUUCCUGUGUGAAGCUUUCUGGGAUCUAAACACCCGGUCACAGUCAGCUUUUGAUGGAAAACAAGGCCCACGCUCAUGUGUAAGAGUCAGCGAUGUGUGUGUGUCUGUGGUAUUUACAGGACUUCAAGUACACCUCCUGUCCAGAUGUGACGGACAAACAAUGUUUUCUAUGGCUGUUUUUAUUUUCUGAUGGUUUAACUAAGAUAUUAAUGAUGUACAUGUCAAAACUGUGGUAAUGAUAUCAUUCAGCCUGGAAUAAAUGUUUUAAAAAAGAAAUUAAAGCAACUUUAACGUACUGA